AUGAAUCACUGGUCACCCGAACACAAACAGCCUCUCUCUGCCCAGAGACACUGGUCAACCGAACACAAACAGCCUCUCUCUGCCAUGAAUCACUGGUCACCCGAACACAAACAGCCUCUCUCUGCCCAGAGACACUGGUCAACUGAACACAAACAACCUCUCUCUGCCCAGAAACACUGGUCACCCGAACAUAAACAACCUCUCUCUGCCAUGAAUCACUGGUCACCCGAACACAAACAGCUUCUCUCUGCCCAGAAACACUCGUCACCCGAACAUAAACAACCUCUCUCUGCCCAGAAACACUGGUCAACCGAACACAAACAGCUUCUCUCUGCCCAGAGACACUGGUCACCCGAACACAAACAGCCUCUCUCUGCCCCGAAACACUGGUCACCCGAACACAAACAGCUUCUCUCUGCCCAGAAACACUCGUCACCCGAACAUAAACAACCUCUCUCUGCCCAGAAACACUGGUCAACUGAACACAAACAACCGCUCUCUGCCCAGAAACACUGGUCAACCGAACACAAACAGCUUCUCUCUGCCCAGAAACACUGGUCAACCGAACACAAACAGCUUCUCUCUGCCCAGAGACACUGGUCACCCGAACAUAAACAACCUCUCUCUGCCCAGAAACACUGGUCAACUGAACACAAACAACCUCUCUCUGCCCAGAAACACUGGUCAACCGAACACAAACAGCUUCUCUCUGCCCAGAAACACUGGUCACCCGAACACAAACAGCCUCUCUCUGCCCAGAAACACUGGUCAACUGAACACAAACAACCGCUCUCUGCCCAGAAACACUGGUCAACUGAACACAAACAGCCUCUGUAUGCCCAGAAACACUGGUCACCCGAACACAAACAGCCUCUCUCUGCCCCGAAACACUGGUCAACCGAACACAAGCAGCCUCUCUCUGCCCCGAAACACUGGUCACCCGAACACAAACAGCCUCUCUCUGCCUAUAAACUCUGGUCAACUGAACACAAGCAGCCUCUCUCUGCCCCGAAACACUGGUCACCCGAACACAAACGGACUUUCUCUGCCUAG